GGAACCGCGAUCGCCGCGCCGCCGCGACCGCAUCAGUUUAUCGGCGGAGAGCGAGACGCGAAGUCGCGAGAUUUCCUCGUUUUUCCAUUAUCAGCGUCCGCUGCCAGCAUCAGUUUCCACCAAAACUCUGCUCGUUUUCCAUCGCUCGUAGUCAUCUGUUCUACCUGCGGAUCGCGGAAGACCGUAAUUCAGCCCUUUUCGUGGCGGUUUUCAUUCAUACCCACCGUUUAAAUAUCGAUAGAGACUGAGAGGAGCAAGAAGAAGAACAGCCGAAGAAGAAAGGUGUGCCAUGGUUUUAACGACGAUGACUUGUGACCGGUGCUAUUAUGUGCGGUGAUAGUGUGCUGUCAUUCAUGGAUAUUGUUAAAAAUUAUUGGCCAAAAUAUAGUUUUCAAAUAAAUGAAGAUCAAGUAAUGCGAUUAUGGCGGCAACCGACGGUCAGAUCACAGUGGCGGCCGCGCGAUGGGCCGACGAGGGCAGCUACCUGCGCGAGUUCGUCGCCAAGCACCAUUUGCCCGCCGUGGUGAAGAUCAUCAAGGGCCAGUACGGAGGCCUGGGCGUGCCCACGCUGCCCAGUCCAGGUUUGCAGAGCACCGCGCUGCUCGUCUCGGCAGGGAAGCGGCAGAAGAUCGUGGCACAGGCGGUCAAGAUUAAAGAGGGCAGGAGAUUGGUGUGCGUGGGACCUAGGCUAGUGAUACCGGACAACUAUUCGGGCUACUUCGAGCUGCUGAGCGAAGAAGGCCGAGCCGUGCGAUGUAUCGAGAGCGUUGCUGAGCUGGCGCGCAGGAAGCCGGAGGAGGGCUGCCUGGUCAGGGAGACAAUCAGGGGCGUGCAGGUCAAGACUGAGAAGGACGGGGCGGUUGGUACGCCCGAGGGUGCCAGGACGAUCCCCGCGGGGGAGAUACUGGUGCCGGCGGGGGAGGCAGUGUUGCCCGGGUCCAAAGGACGCUAUUUAAAAUGCUUGGAUAUCCGAGGUGAUACGAUUCUGCUCGGUUUGGAGCAGAGGGGCAAGUUCUCUGCCCUUGCCCGCGAGGACAACAUCAGUGGCGUGCACACCGCUAGGAACUUGCUGAGCAAGCGACUACCCCUUACGGUGCGCCUUGUGCACGGCACUGCCCCUAGAGGGCUUAAGAGUCCCAGUCAUUUUGUGCCAGAACUUAGGUUAUUGUCAAUAUUUGAAGAGGAGCAUAUAUUCGCGCUACCCCUUCAAAAAGAGUCACAUAGCGUAACUGCAUUGCCGCUGGCGGCGCCAUUGAAGGUGCUGCGCACCAGAAACGAAGAGCAGCUGCGCGGCAUGUCCGAAUUUAGUCGAUUAGUAGAUAAAUGUACGAAACUAGUAGCAGAAGUAGCUGAUCGCAUUCAGGUUCUCGAUGGUAAACUGGGCGACUCGAAAAAACAGUCGCCUACUCAGUCAGCCUCAGCCCCCGAACCCAAGAACGGGUUCAUGCUGCGCCGCAGUGCCUCCUCCGACUCGGCCAACCACCGAACCAAACAACACCACCAUCGUAAAGACGAGAACCGGGUCCCAGUUUACAGCAAAGACUAUGACGAGAUCGACCAGAUCUACGACUACGUUCGUGGCUUUGCUCCUCUACCCAAAAACAUUCGAUUACCCUUCUCCGACCCUUCACCUUCACUCACAUCUCACAGUUCAACCCCAUCGCAUCCUGUAACGGAUUUAACCAAACCCGAACCACCUCCGAUCGAGACCAUACCUACGAAAAAGCUUCAGGCGGAGAAAAGGAACAGAAAGUCGGCGUCUUCGACGAUAAGGGAGAAGGAAGUGCCUUCGAAGGGACACCACGUCCAUCAGAAGACGCCGCCGGGGUUGCCUAAGUUGUAUUUGAAGAACGGGCAUUCGCAGAGGGGCAGGUUGCUGAGGCAGAAGAGCGCUUCGCCGAUGAAGGAGACGCCGCCCAGUCCAAUGUCGAAGAGCGGGUCUCCGUUGUUUAAUAUUCGGUAUAAGUCGCUCAAUAAUCUCCAGGCCAUGGAACUGGACGGCACCCUGGACUCGAGUAAUUCCGGAGGUCGGGCUUCGGGUGAUUCCGGUACUGGAAACAAACAACCGGAAAAACGAUCCCGGAAGCUGUCCAGACCGCGUAGUCUCACCAACUUGGUAUGGGAGACCAGGGAACAUCCCGACAUAUCCAUGCCCAUGGUAGAGAAACCGAAAAAAAUCGUUGAUCCAGCGGCCAUAGUUUACAAGAAAUAUUCCAAGUAUUCUGUCAAUGGGCAGAAGAACAGGGGCACCCUGUAUUUGUAAGUCGAGUUGGGCACGGAACUGGGCAGUAAAAUUAUUAGAAUUUUGUUUUGGCAAAUUUAAAAUAAAAGAAAACUUCUUAUUUAAAUAAUAGUGUGAGACAACAGAAUUUAAAGAUAUUAAUAAUUUAUUUAUUUUUAUAAUUAUUUCUUGCCUGUGUAGGGCUAUAAAUUAUGGAAUUUUAUUUUGUUUUAUUUUCAACAGGCAACAGGCAACAUUUUUUAUCAAACUUAAUAUAAACCAUUUGUAAAAUUUUCAGGGCGCGUAUGAUAUAUCUAUUGUUACAAUUAAAAAAAUGUUCGUCUCUUAUAGAAGUGCAAAAAACGGCGUCAGAAACCCUUGGGGAAUGGCAAUCAAUGAUAAUUUUGGCGAGACUAGAAUUUCUAGACGUCAUCUCGUCACUUGCUAAAAAUUUACGUAAAUCUUGUCAAAAGUUAACACUAUAUAGAAUGAUGAGAAAAGGAUAGAACGUUUCCAGACACACAAACUUAUUUCCAAAAAAAUAUUUUUUAUUUCGAAAUUUAAUCUACACCAUUUAAAAAUAAUUUUUACUCGAUAUGAAAAUAAAUAACAACCUUCCUAAGGCAACCAACUGGCUGCAAGUGCCAAUAAAAAAUAAAGAAGUUCGCCAAAAUGAUCAUCGAUUGUCAUUCCCCAGCCGUCUUUGACGCUCUUUUUUUUGGUCGUAUGGCAGGUCUGGAUAGAGACAACAGUUUCUAUUUACCAUUUUUAAAAUAAAAUGAUAAAUGAAUGAUCCUGCGUCACUAAAAAGUUUUUUUUUAAAUUUCCCGGAAAAUUUAGAAAAAAAUUGUCAACGUUUUUUUGCAAAAAACACUAUUGGCGUAUUUCUCAGCUCGAAAUAUACGGCCAGUUAAAAUACUUGCACUUAUUAAAGAGACAUCCUUUAUAGGGCUUCGUUGAAAAAUAUAGUUCAUAUCAAUAUCUGUAACAUUCUUGAUAAUUAUUCAAUCUUUACCUUGACUAAAAAUCUUGAAUUUAUUUUUUAAUGAAUGUUAAAAAAAAAUAAUGAAACUAAAAAAAUUGUAGCUUGUUAAAUGUGAGACAAAGUAGAAGAGUAUCAUUUUUAGUGUACGUCCAUAAUGCACCAGCUUCCCGCUUUAUCGCGGCAGACUAGCAGUGAAAAAUAUAGGAACAAUAGUAUGGUCAAAAAUAUAGGAACAAUAGUGCGUGGUCAUAGUGAGCUAGUCAGUCAGCUUCAACCAGCUUAAACUGCUUUUACUCGUUUUUAUCAGAAUGAAUUAUUGUUUCUUUUUGUCGCUUCACCCGCUCAACAGUUUUAUCACAGCUUUUGAAACCAGGUCUAAUCUAACUCCCUCACACAACCAAACUUAAUCUACUCUGCUCGGUUCAUUUCUAAACUUCCAAUAAAGACGAAUGGUGACGCAUUAGCACAAGUCAAGCUAUUUACUUACAAAAUUAUUAAAAAUUAAUUGAUUUUAAUCAUAACCAUCUUGUGUCCAUCUAUAUGCAUUGGCGUAACUACAGUGGUGCCCGGGGGUGCCGGGCCCCCCCUGGUACUGCUGUGCACCCCCGAGAGAAAUCUUGAAUUAUGACUCUUGGCUACGUAUUAAUUUUAUUUGCUUGUGAUGUAGUAAAAAUGACGUUUUCUAGUUUUGUUUAGUUAAAAUUAUUUUGUUGUGUUCAAAAAAUGUGUUAAUUUUUAUUUUUUUAGAAAAAUUUUAAGUAUUUAAGUAAUCUACAGGAACACGAUUUGAUAACCAAGUGAAAUGAAAUUUAUUGAUAGAAAAACUCAUAUAAACGUUUUAUUCAAAAAAUGUGUUUGUUAAUAUUGUUCUUCAUUUUUUAAAGAACAAAAGACCUAGGGCCCCCCUGGUCUCAACCCCAGGCCCCCCCAGGAUGAAUUGCUAGUUACGCUAAUGUCUGUAUGUCGCAGGAGUAUAGAAUAAUCCAGUUUUUUGCAAAAAGACUAGGCAUAUUAUAAAAUGCCAGCUUUUUAAACAAAAGAAUGAAUUUUUACAAAAAGCCUAUCUAUUUUCAGUCACUUUGCAAAAAAAACUAAUCAGAAUUAGGCAUAUGAAACAAUGACGAUAUUUUCUGUACACUUCUGCAAAAAGACUGUCUGUUUUCAGUAAUUUUACAAAAUGACAAAUUAAAAAUGAUCAAAGUUUAGUCAGCUAUGAGCAUAAGCAUAUUGAAUAAUUUACACUUUAAUAAAAAUACCCCAUAUUUUCCUAUACAGAAACAAUAAUUUAUGACAAAAUU